CUCAUAUAUUGCGUGCUCAAAAAGUAUAGUUUAUCACUGUUGCCCGUUGCACACCAUUUAAUUUGAAUUUGAUCCUCAUUAAAUGGCAAGUGGGAAAUUUUGAACUACAUAAUACUUCUCCUCUCUUGUUGAACUGGAUUAUGUCUUCUACUACUCAUUUAUGUGAAGUGAUCAUGUUUCAUUCUGUUUUUGGUAUCUCACUGAAUUUCAUUCUAAGCUGAACCAAGCAAGGAUGAAGAGCAGCUAAGGUCAGAACUUGGAACUACCACUUGCCUCAACUUCACACCAAACAAGCACCAAUGAAGUUCCAAUUCCAAGCUGUUCCAUUUGUUCUACUAAGCGUCAUAGUGUCUCUCUUUGGCCUCAUUGUAGCUGACUUGAACUCUGACAGACAAGCUCUCCUUGAGUUCUUUUCCAACGUACCACAUUCCCCAAGGUUAAACUGGAGUGAGUCUACCCCAAUUUGCUCUUCAUGGGCUGGUGUGACUUGCAACCAAAAUGGAACUAGUGUCAUUGGCAUCCAUCUUCCAGGGGCAGGAUUCAAGGGCUCCAUUCCAAAUAACAGCCUAGGAAAACUAGAUUCCCUUAAAAUCCUGAGCCUUCACACCAAUGGCCUUAGAGGAAACCUUCCUUCUGAUAUCCUCUCCAUUCCUUCACUCCAAUAUGUCAACCUGCAGCAGAAUAACUUCUCAGGCCUAAUACCUUCCUCUAUCUCCCCUAAACUCGUAGCAUUGGAUAUUUCCUUUAACAACUUCUCAGGAGUUAUCCCUGACUUCAACCUUCCAAGUCUAAAGUAUUUGAAUUUGAGCUAUAACAACUUGAAUGGCUCAAUUCCACAUUCCAUCAAGAAUUUUUCAUAUACUUCUUUUGUUGGAAACUCUCAUUUGUGUGGACCACCUCUCAGUAAUUGUUCUGAAGUCCUCCCUCCAUCUCCUUCUCCUUCUCAUUCUCCCUCUCCUUCUCCUGUUUAUCAACCACUCUCUCCUACAACUCCCCAAAAUGGAAGAGCUACCACUUCAAAGAGUUACUUUGGCCUAGCUUCUAUACUUGCUCUAGCAAUUGGGGGCUGUGCCUUCCUCUCUCUCAUAGUUUUGGUGAUCUAUGUAUGCUGUUUGAAGAGGAACAAGACUCAAAGCAGUGGCAUACUGAAAGGAAAGGCACCUUGUGCUAGAAAGGCUGAGGUUUCAAAGAGUUUUGGGAGUGGAGUGCAAGAGGCUGAAAAGAACAAGUUGUUCUUCUUUGAAGGUUGCUCUUAUAGCUUUGACCUUGAAGAUUUGUUAAAGGCUUCAGCUGAAGUUCUUGGAAAGGGGAGCUAUGGAACUACAUAUAGGGCUGCUUUGGAGGAUGGAACAACAGUGGUGGUUAAAAGGAUAAGGGACGUUCUGGUUGGAAAGAGGGAGUUUGAGCAACAGAUGGAGGUUGUAGGAAGAAUUGGUAGGCACCCUAAUGUCAUACCCCUUCGAGCUUCUUACUAUUCCAAAGAUGAGAAACUUCUAGUCUAUGACUACAUGCCAGGAGGCAGCUUGUUUUCCAUGUUGCAUGGAAACAGAGGCAUGGGAAGAGCCUCAUUAGACUGGGAUUCAAGAAUGAAGAUUGCACUUGGAGCUGCAAAGGGAAUUGCUUCCAUUCACAAUGAUCACAUGGGCUCAAAACUCACUCAUGGCAACAUUAAGUCCUCCAAUGUGCUCAUAACUGAAGAACAUGAUGGCUGCAUCACUGAUGUUGGACUUACUCCUCUGAUGAGCACACAAUCAACCAUGUCAAGAGCCAAUGGCUACCGUGCUCCGGAAGUAACCGAGUUCCGGAAAAUCACUCAGAAGUCUGACGUUUACAGCUUUGGGGUGCUCCUACUUGAACUUCUCACUGGCAAGACUCCACUAGGAUAUCCUGUCUAUGAGGACAUGGUUGAUCUUCCAAGGUGGGUGAGGUCUGUGGUUAGAGAAGAAUGGACAGCUGAAGUUUUUGAUGAGGAACUGCUUAGAGGGCCAUAUUUUGAAGAGGAAAUGGUGCAGAUGCUGCAGAUUGCACUGGCAUGUGUGGCAAAGGUGGCAGAUAAUAGACCAACAAUGGAUGAAGCAGUUAGGAACAUAGAGGAAAUUAGGCUUCCUGAAUUGAAGAACCGUAACACAUCAUCUGAGUCUGAAUCUAAUGUACAAACCCCAUGAUGAUUUUGUAUAUGUAUACUUGCCAUGCCAUGCACUAGUUAUUUUCUGUACAAUGCAAGGAAUAACCUUGUUGUGUCUCUAGCUAGAGUAUUGAAGUUAUGAUAACUGUAUUGUAUCAUUGAAUGCUCAGAUGACGUAGUAGUUUCUUAUUCCCCAGAUUUAGCAAGAAAUAUAGUGUACUGUCAAGUGAAUGAUCAUUGUAGUGGUAGAUAUUUUAAAACCUUGCAGUACAGGAUAACUCAUUUGGCUA